CAUGUUUGAUAAAAUGAAAAACCUUAUUAAUAAUUUAUAAUAAUAAUAAUAGAAUCAUACACCACUUGAUCUAAAUAUCUAGGACUCACUGCCUCACAAAGCCACACCUAAAGCUAAAAUAGACUAAAACCCCAAACCCCUUCCCAAAACCCCUCUCUGAAGGUUUCAGCUUCAAUCCAAUAGAUAUGAACGGCAGCGGCGGCGGCGCCGGCUUCGGCUUCAACUCCUCCACCGCCACCCCCAACUUCGACAACCUGCUGCUCCAGUCCCUCAUGUCGCGCCUCCAACUCCGCCCCCCGUCGCUCCACGCCGCGCCGCCCUUCUCCCCCGAUAAAUCCCUCGAAGACCUCCUCUUCUCCGAUUUGCUCCUCAACCUCUCCGAAUCCGAGUCCGAUUCGGAAAACGACGACUUCUCUUCCUCCUCCAAAACGCAGCUAGCUAAGGAAGAAUCCAAGCUCGAGAAAGAAAUCGUCCGCACAAUUCUCAGCGGCGAAAUCGAGAAACUCAAACCUAACUCCGGCCAGGCUAUCGCGAUCGGUGAGCACCAUAUCUGCGUCGGUUUUCAGGAGGAGACUGGCUCCGAUUAUCGGGUUUGGGAGUGGCACGGACAUAUUAUGUUGUUUGAUGAGGAAAAUGGCUACACCCCGGAGUAUAUAUACGGGAAUUACUUCGAGAGAGUCGGCGCGCCAAAGAGGAAAUUGAAGAAGACUGUGAAGAUGGGGAGUGGAGGCGAUGAUGACGAUGAGAAGGAGAAGGUGGGGAAUGUGGGGUUGAAGGAGCUUAUUGAAGGUGGAAAUUCUGGCAGUGGACGAGUUCUGCAUCGGAAUUUAAAUGCGAAUUCUGAGCCGCCGAGGUUCUAGGUAGGAGAUUGAUUCAAAUCAGAAGAUGGAAGCAUCACAGCCCGCGGAUUAGUUUCAGUGUGGUUGUCGUCGUUAACUUUAGUGCUGUCUUCGUUGCGCUUGUGUCGCCAACUGGAUGCUUCAGGAGAUGAUACUUUCCAACCUUUUAUUUUUUUAAAGUUCAAGAAUUGCAGAAACCACAUGCUCUUACUUUUAGAUCAUGAUCAUUGAAGCUGCUUCAAUUGUGGCUUUUCUACUUACAUUGCCUUCAUCUGUGUAAGAAUUUCGUAAAUAAAUGCUUGAAUAUGUCAUCUGUCUGCCCAA